AUGAUUUUUCCUUGGGGGUUUAGAAGUAACGUUAAAGUACAUCAAUCGAAAAGUGAUAGAUCCAUUGAUUUACCUUUGAGGAGUGGUGAAAAAACUAUCAAAUAUUCAGAUUUCAUUAAUGAUGAAUUGCCAAUUAUAGAUGAGAAUGAGAAAUUAUGGUUGAACCCACUUUUAUUUAAUGGAUUAUUACAAACAUUAUACUAUUCAUCUGCUAACUUAUCUCAUAAAUUCCAAGUAUACUAUGGUAGAGAAAUUUUCACGUAUGAAGAUGGAGGUGUUUGUUCUAUCGAUCAUGUAAUCCUGCAACCAGAAAACAAAGAAGAAUUCAAAGCUCUUCACGAUAAAACCUUACCGGAGGGAUGGCCAAAGUUGCACCCUAGAUCUAGAUAUUUUACUGAUGAAGAAUUAGAACAGAUUAGAAACCCCAACGAUUCACAAUCUACCAAACCAAUUUGUGUUAUCAUACAUGGUUUGGCAGGAGGGUCCCAUGAACCAUUAAUUCGUAAUUUAGCCGAAUAUUUGAGUACUGGCAAAAAUGAACAUAGAUGGGAUACCUUGGUUAUUAAUUCUAGAGGAUGUUGUCGUACCAAGAUCACCAAUGGAAAAUUGUUCACUGCAUUGUCAACUGGUGACAUUCACGAAGUUUUGGUCGAAUUGAAGAAAAGAAACCCAAACAGACCAAUUUACACUGUCGGAUUUUCUUUUGGUGCUGCUAUCUUGGCCAAUUACUUAGCUGAAAUAAAAAAUGAUACCAUGAUAAGUGCUGCCUGUUUGGUCGGUUGUCCAUGGGAUUUGGUGGACAGUGCUUACCAUAUCGAAAAUUCUUGGUCUGGUAGCUAUCUUUUCAACCCAGCUUUAACCUCAUUUUUGAACAAGUUGGUGAAGAAUAACUUCACUGAGUUAAACCACCACAACUCAGAGUUAUUCAACGAAGAGAACUUAAAGAAAGGUAUGAAGCAAACCAAGACCUGGCAAUUCGACUCUGUCUACACAUGUCACACUAUUGGCUAUAGCAACCCUUUCGAAUAUUAUAGAGAUGCUUCUCCUGUUAACAGAAUUCUGAAAAUCCACACCCCUACAUUAAUCUUGAACUCUACAGAUGAUCCAGCUGUUGGUGUGAGAUUACCAUGGAUGGAAGUCGAAAAUAAUCCUCACCUUUGUAUGGUAGAAACUGAUUUAGGUGGACAUUUAGGUUAUGUUCAAUCUUCUGGAAAAUUCUGGUGUGUCCAAUUAGUAGAAGAAUUCUUUGCUAAGUUUGAUGAAUUAAUUGCUUCCUAG